GUCUCCAACUCCAGAUUAGGGUGUUGGCUUAAGAAGCAGCCCUACCCAUAUCGAAUUCCUGGUGAGCCACCUUCAAUUCAAAUUAGAAGAGUUGCGUUUUCGGCAUUCAAUGACAUCUACAUCGUCAGUUAUGGAGAAGCGGACGGCGGCAAUGAGUAGCUCAAAGUUGAUGGAGCUCCCUUAUGAGAUCCUCCUCCUCAUCUUCUCAAAACUGCCGGCGAGAUCGAUUUUGCAGUUCCAGUGCGUCUCCAAGAGCUCACGCAACCUAGUCAACAAUCCAGCUCUUGCUGCCAUGCACAUGGCAGCUACCAAUGAACACAUCGAUGUAGAAGUUAGGUCUCUUCCAUUUAGUUACAAGAACCAUUUGAGGUUUGUUUCUUGCGGUUUGCUUGGCUUUAAAUAUUUUGGCCAAGUUGAUGGAAAACUUGGUUUAUACAAUCCUCUAAGAAGAGAAUACCUAUGGCUUCCACAACCUGAAUAUAUACACGAUAUGUUUUCGGAGAGGUAUGGUAUGGGAUUCGAUAGUGUUACUAACUCCCACAAGAUUGUCCAUUUUCUCUCUCGUGGCUUUCCGGAACGCCCUAAUCGCUGGGUGGCUCGUGUUCAUGUUUUGGGCACAGGCUCGUGGAGACGGAUUCCUCUUUGCAGCUUCACAACUGUGGAAGUGGGAAAUGCAUAUGCAUAUGGAGAAAUGCAUUGGUUAGUGGACGGAAACCAGAUAAUGUCUUUCAAUUUCAGAGAAGAAGAGUUUCGAUGGACUAUUAAUCCUCCUCCGGUCACCUUUCGAAGCAGCUUCGCCAGACAUUUUUUGAUCAAUCUGAGAGGAUCUUUGGCGCUUGUUGAUGUUGUUUACUCUGAAAAGAAAGUUGAGAUAUGGAUGUACAAAGAACAGAAAUACUGGACAAAAGAUUACUGCAUGCCUUUAGAUUGUUGUUCCGGUGGCUAUUCGAAUUUUGCGGUAGGCGCUUGGGAGCAUGGCAUAUACAUAAUAAUCUAUGAAGACUACUGUAUCGAUCAGUCUUUAAAGUACCCUACUGUGGUCUAUUAUGAUCUGAGAUGUGAUAACAAGAAAGAACACUGCAGAUAUCAGGAGCAGCUCCAUUUGUUUAGCUCUACUGGAAGCCUCAUUUCUCUGAAACAGUAUGAUAACGUCAGAACGAAUAGCGAGAAGAACUUUUUUGAUGCUGGGGAGUGUGACUUUCCGGAAUGUGUUUCUGAGCUGCUGAAAGCACCAAGGGUCAAGUAAACAUGUUUUGAUGGAAACUAUGUUUCUUUUACUUUUGGAAUCUAUAGAUCAUUUGUUUCUCCAGUGUUCUUUUGCUAAUUAGAUUUGGACCCUUUCUUUUGAUUGUCAUUUGUUGGAUUGGACUAGUGAUUUUAUUUCAUGGAUAAAGUCUCUAGUCACUUAUAGCCUGAAAAUCCUUAGAAAGC